GUAAAAGAGAAAAAUCGCUCGUCGUCCCUCACCACAAGCUGCAGCGAAGCAAGAGAAAAACAUAACACGAUUACUCUUGUCCCUCUAUCUGCUUGCUUGUGGGUGUCAACAAGUCGUCUUCUUUCAUCUUCUGCACUUAAAUUGAGACGUGGGUUUGUCGAUUCAAGAGGAUAAAUGGCCAUGAAAGCACCGCCAAUUGCAGGAUUAACCUUUCCUACCCUGCACCCCUCUUCGUCUUCUUCUGCCCGGCCAUGUAUAAUAGUCAAGGCCCAACCUUUCAAAUCCACUUUCUUCGGCAUAAUAGCAUUAUUUUCUAUGCUUUUGUGCUCUCCAAUCCUCUUGGCUAGUUGGCUUUCUCUUCGUUGGAAUCAGAAAUAUGAAAGCCUUAAAUAUUUUCUUGUAGUUGAGGCUCUGAAAGUCGCUGCUGUUCGACUAGCUGACUCCAAUAAGUUAAGAUGUAAUAGUCAUGGUGGGGGUGCUCUUGGUGCUAGGAUGAACCUUUUUGAUCGAUUUGCUAGAGUAAUUAAGUCAUAUGCAAAUGCCAUUAUAAGCUCCUUUGAGGACCCUGAAAAGAUCUUAGAACAAAGUGUGCUCGAAAUGAAUGAGGAUUUGACGAAGAUGCGGCAAGCUACUGCACAAGUAUUGGCUUCUCAAAAGCAAUUACAGAACAAAUAUAAAGCCUCACAACAAGCUUCUGAAGACUGGUAUCGGAGGGCACAACUUGCUCUUGGGAAGGGGGAUGAAGAUCUUGCUCGUGAAGCCCUUAAACGGAGGAAAUCUUUUGCUGAUAAUGCAGAUGCUAUGAGGGCUCAGCUUGAUCAGCAGAAGGGCAUCGUUGAUAAUCUUGUCUCCAAUACAAGGCUUCUGGAAAGUAAGAUACAGGAAGCAAGGUCGAAGAAAGAUACCCUCAAAGCACGUGCGCAGUCUGCAAAGACUGCAACAAAAGUGAGUGAAAUGAUUGGGAAUGUAAACACAAGUAGUGCUCUUUCAGCUUUUGAAAAGAUGGAGGAAAAAGUGUUGGCUAUGGAGUCUCAAGCAGAGGCACUUAAUCAAUUGACAACCGAUGACCUUGAGGGGAAGUUUGCAUUGUUGGAGAGCUCUUCUGUAGAUGAUGAUCUAGCAACAUUGAAAAAAGAAUUAUCCGGGAGCUCAAAGCAGAAAGGAGAGCUGCCACCAGGGAGAACUGCUGUGGCUUCGAACACAGGAUUUCCUUUUAGAGAUUCCGAGAUUGAGAAAGAGUUAAAUGAGCUGAGAAGAAAAGCAAAGGAGUUUUAGACCUGGCGUGACUCCUCAAGCAUAUCAUAUCCCUAGUGAAAAAGAAAACAGUGCAGAAACAGCCAAGCUUUGAAAUUGGUGAGAGAGGUGACUGCAAAAUCUUGUUUUCAUUUAAGCAUUGACCACUGCACACAGAUCCCUUCUUCAUGGUAAUAGACUUUGAGCGUGGGAAUUUAAAUUCUAAAGUGAAGUGAGGAAUUUUGUUUGGUUUUAACAAGAGAGUGGAAUAAUCCAAUGCCCAAGUCUUAUUAUUCAUCAA